AUGUUGCAUGUAAUGUAUGUCAAUUUAAAUGAUUUUUGUACUUAAGGAAAUAUAUUUUUAAAUCUCAAUCAUUAUUCGUUUAGGUGUUCGAAAAUGUUUUCGAAAUCUGAAUGUUUAGCAGAAAACCUUCAAGAAAUGAAGAAAUAUAUAGUGAAUAUUUUCAGAGAGUGCGUAAAAUCAGUAAUGCCUCGAAAUGUCAUUAAAAAUACAUUUAAAUAUGAUUCGAAAACAUUAUAUGUGAAAGACACCAAAUUCUGUGUGUCCAAUAAUAUUUAUGUUGUUGGUUUUGGAAAAGCAGUUUUAGAAAUGGCUUUGGAAAUUGAACAAAUCUUGGAUGGCUCUUUAAAAAAGGCUAUUGUAAGUGUUCCUUUCGGUGUUCAACAAGACUUGAACAAUUCAAAAGUUUUAGUGAUGGAAGCAGCUAAAAAUAAUAUACCUGAUCGCUAUGCCGUAGAAAACACUAAAGUUAUAACAAAUACAAUUUCAGAGUUAAAUGAAGAUGAUAUUUUAAUUAUUUUGAUAUCUGGUGGAGGUUCAGCUCUGUUGUGUUCACCGACCGUAUCACUUAAUGACAAAAUACUUACGACUACAAUACUAUCAUCACACGGAGCAUCAAUUGAACAGUUAAACACUGUCAGGAAAGCAUUAUCCAAUGUUAAAGGUGGAAAAUUAAUUAAAUUUGUUGAAAAGUCAACUGUUAUAUCUUUAAUUCUAUCAGAUAUUGUCGGGGAUCCUUUGAAUUCGAUUGCUAGUGGACCAACUACACCAAAUAAUGAUUCAAAUGAUUUACCAAUGAAGAUAAUAAAACAAUUCGGUUUACUAGAUAAAAUUCCAUCUACAGUUUUAAAGGCACUCAAAGAUAACAAUAAUUCCUUAAACAGUAUUAAAGUUAAUAAAAGAGUUCAUAAUUAUAUAAUAGGUAAUAAUAAAAUUGCAUUACUUACUGGUGUAGAGUGCGUAAAAAAUGACUACACACCUGUACUAUUGACAAAAUCUCUUCAAGGAAAUAUUAAAUUUGUAUCAAUAUUUUAUUCUAAACUAAUUUUAUUUGUCUGUGAACUGUAUUUGAAUAGUGUGAAUAUUGACGAGAUAUUAAAAAAUCAACUGACAUCAGAUAUUCAUAAAAUUGAUAGGGAAAUAGAUGUUGUUUUUCUGAUAAAUCAAGUUAUUGAAGCUUCAUCAAAGAAACGUGGUCUAUGCAUAUUGAGUGGAGGUGAACCCACUGUUAAAGUUCAAGGUGGUGGUUUAGGAGGCAGAAAUCAAGAAUUGGCGUUAAGAAUAUCUGCAAACAUAGAACAGGAUCAUGAUUGUUUGAAACAGUUUAAUAUUAUGUUCUUUAGUGGUGGUACAGAUGGCAUUGAUGGUCCAACUGAUGCUUGUGGUGCAUUUGGUUAUCCAGGAUUAGUAGAAAUUGCCCAGUCUCAGGGCUUAAACCCAUCACAAUCAAUUAAAGACAACGACAGUUAUGGAUUUUAUUCUUUAUUUAAUGGAGGAAAAGAUUUACUUAAAAUUGGACACACAGGUACAAACGUUAUGGACCUACAUAUUUUAAUUAUAAAACCAAAAUAA